UUUUCACCUUCCACCUCCACUUCCCAUCUUCCUCCUCAAAAUCUCUCUUUCUCACUGAGCCGCCAUUAAUGUCCCCUACAGAAAAGCUUCGAUUUUGAAGCUCCAAACCAAAUUUGAAAUCAAACCCAAAAACACAAUCAGUUCCAGAGAGAUGUUAACGAAGAAGAAGAAGAUGAUGAUGAUGAUGAGGCUGCCGUCUCUCUUCAAAUAUUCUUCAGGACCAGACGACAAGUCAACUUUUCCCUGGCCGUCAUGUCGGCAGCCAAGAACCCUCUCUUUCCGAACCACCACCACCGCCCCCGUUGCCGCCGCAGCUACAGACUCCUCCGACUCCUUUUUCACACUUUCCUCCGAGUCCUCCGGCAGCCUCUCGACGGCGUCUGAGUGCUCCGGUGGCGACCCAAUCGAGAGAAUGAUUCAAGAGCUGAGGUCCGCGAAGAGGCUCCGCUUCGAACCCACCGGAAAAUCAAGCUCGAUUGUGGAAGAGGAGACCGUAUCGGCGCCGUUGAAUGAAGGGACGAGGGUGAUGUCGAUGGAUUCCGAUGACCCCUAUUCGGAUUUUAGGAAAUCGAUGGAGGAGAUGGUGGAAGCUCAUGGAAUGAAGGAUUGGGAGAGUUUAGAAGAGCUAUUGAGUUGGUAUUUGAGAGUUAAUGGGAAAAAGAACCAUGGAUUUAUUCUUGGAGCUUUUGUUGAUUUGUUGGUUUCUCUUGCAAUGGCGGCGGCUUCUUCUUCUUCUUCUUGUUCAUCAUCUUCUUCCUCAUUGUGUUGUUGUUCUUCUUCUUCUUCUUUACCUUGUGUAUCCUCAUCCAUGGAGAUUGAGGAAAUCACUUCAUUAGAUGAACAUCAUCAUCAUGUUUUCUCUUAAGGUAAAUUACAUUUUUUCAAUAUAAAUAGAAAUUACUCCAUCUAUAAAAUAUUAGAAAUAAGGAUUUAGAUUU